ACAGUCGUCAAAUCCAGAACCGAUGUUCUCCUUCUCCGCAUCGCCCAUCGACAUUGACAUUUGAAUCGAGCAAAACCAGAAGCAGAAGAAGGGCGCAAGAAAGAUGAGUAGAAACGACUCCAAGUACUUUUCCACAACAAAGAAGGGUGAAAUCCCUAAGCUCAAAGAAGAGCUUAAUUCUCAGUACAAGGAUAAGAGAAAAGAUGCGGUGAAAAAAGUGAUUGCUGCUAUGACUGUUGGAAAGGAUGUGUCAUCGUUGUUCACAGACGUGGUGAAUUGUAUGCAGACAGAAAAUUUGGAGCUGAAAAAGUUGGUCUGCUUGUAUUUGAUAAAUUAUGCAAAGAGCCAGCCUGACCUUGCUAUACUUGCAGUAAAUACAUUUGUGAAGGAUUCUCAAGAUCCAAAUCCUUUAAUUCGUGCCUUAGCUGUGCGGACAAUGGGGUGCAUUCGUGUGGAUAAAAUUACCGAGUAUCUGUGUGAUCCCCUUCAAAGAUGUCUAAAGGACGAUGAUCCAUAUGUUCGCAAGACAGCAGCCAUUUGUGUAGCAAAGCUCUAUGACAUUAAUGCAGAGUUAGUUGAGGACAGGGGAUUUUUGGAAUCACUGAAGGAUUUGAUAUCUGAUAAUAAUCCAAUGGUUGUAGCUAAUGCUGUUGCGGCACUUGCUGAAAUUCAGGACAAUAGCAGUAGACCCAUCUUUGAGAUCACUAGCCACACACUGUCAAAGCUCCUCACUGCGUUAAAUGAAUGUACAGAAUGGGGUCAAGUUUUUAUAUUGGAUGCUCUAUCUAGAUACAAGGAUGCUGAUGCGCGUGAGGCAGAGAACAUUGUAGAAAGAGUUACGCCAUGGUUACAGCAUGCCAAUUGUGCAGUUGUACUAUCGGCUGUUAAGAUGAUUCUUUAACAAAUGGAGCUCAUCACCAGUACUGAUGUGGUCCGGAAUCUUUGCAAAAAGAUGGCCCCUCCUCUUGUGACAUUACUCUCAGCAGAACCUGAGAUACAAUAUGUUGCCCUGCGAAAUAUCAAUCUUAUUGUACAAAGAAGACCGACAAUUCUUGCACAUGAAAUUAAGGUGUUCUUCUGCAAAUACAAUGAUCCUAUCUAUGUGAAAAUGGAGAAAUUAGAAAUUAUGAUAAAGCUUGCUUCAGAACGAAA